GAGUCGAUUGCAGUAUAUAGGUGCUAAACAACGAUCUCAUCUCGUCUGUAGUACCAUUCCUGAGGCUUGGGCUCCCUUGUAACAAAGAAGGCUCUAAUGAUACAGCUGGUGCAUCAGGAUAAAAAGGAGGCAUUGCGAGAUCGGCUUUCCUUCGAAUAGUUUUAUUUUCGAUGUAGCCAGUUAGACGAUAUUCCAUCACUCGCCCCAUAGAAGUUCCGAGAGCUAGUUCACCUGUUUCUUCUUUAGGUUUGCUCAUCGCUGUAAUUGAUUCUCUCUGUUGCAGAGGUGGCAAGCUGAAGCUGAUCGUAUUCUCGUUCUGUUUUUCAAAUGGUGUCAUGAUUUGCAUCCCGCCUCCAUUCUUACCACUAGCAACAAGCAAUCGAUUCGACGCACAACCUUCCAUAUCGGGAACAAAACAUACGUGUCUUGGCGUCCCCUUCAUACCCGAAAAUGGAUGUGGGAUUCCACCUCGUCCUAAAUAACGAAUAUCAUAAACGUAAAUGGUCGGAUCAGGAAAAGUAUACAGCGAGCUACAGAAUGGCAUUCCAUCAAUGCUGUUCUUAGGACACGCCCUUGAGCUAUACCCUGUCGUAGCAACAAGAUUCCCAUCUGGAGAAACGGCGAUACUCGAUACUCCCCCCAGGUGAGAACGAACAGUUGCUAAUUCCCGCAAAGAUCCGUCGAAUAACCGGAUAUUCCCAUCUGUACACMCUGCAACUACAGAUCCUUUAUCGUGACUUGUUGCCAUGCAGGUUACCCCUACUUGAGAGUUGCCGUUAGAUUUAUGAUUUGUGGCUUUGAAAGAACGCGAAACAACUACACGAAGCCCCUGCCAGAGAUCUAGACAAUGAAGAGACGGUUGGACCACUCGGCUGUUAUUCCUGUUCACAGCAGUUUUGGUAUUGUCUGUACCGAGUGCACCAGUCAUCUUCAUAGACAAACCUCCGACCGUAAUAUGCGUCGCUGCUACGUUCCCGUCGUCUGGUAUCGCUGAGGAACAAUGUGGAUGGAUCGUCCCACUAAUCAUACCAGACAAUUCGGAAUCGUGCACCUGUAAACCUCCGUGCGAAUGUAUGCGUACUGCUGACGGGGAUACCGAUGCUACGUAUCCACCUUCCAGUGGCAAUAGUUCCGUAAUUCCUAUAUGACCCCGGUUUUGGUUGUGCUCGUUGUGCUGAACAUGAUGGUUGUGGUAGGAGCGAAUUUCUGCGACCUCUCCUCCUCCGUAGGCGGGAAUAUAAGCAUGCGGUGGAGGAUAGAAGCUACUUUGCCCUCCUCGUUGCUGCACACCGCUGGUAGUACUCACUGCAACUUUAGAAAACCCAUAGAUUGAUUCAUAAAUAGCACGUAAAUGGGCCAGUGGAGCUUCUGGGUGACCAGCGACUGAACUAUACAAGAAGUAGUCUCUUGUUUGAGUAUUACUUGAAUAGUUAAGCAACAAGCUUGCACGAUGAUUUUUCACCUUGGUGUGCCUUGAGGAUGACAUGCUUUGAGUCGUUGACGUCAAGUACAUGCAAUCAUAAGUAGAAUCGUAGGCAAGCGCGCUGAUGGCAUGGUCAUAAACCUCUGGUGAGAACUCAGAAGCGUAAACGUAAUCCCCCCUUUUUUCAGCACACUGUUGGUUCCAUGCCCCCGACGUUGCCAUUCCGUACUCCUCAUUGUGCUGUUGCUGAUACGGCGUUGUCAUACCGUACUCGUCGCCGUAUUCUUCGCUGUGCUGUUGCUGAUAGGGAUUGUACAAUGCUUGCUGUUGCUGCGGCAUUGGAUAUUCGUUGUAGUAAUAUUCUCCACUACCAUCUUCACACUGUUGCUCACCGUAGCUAUAAGAUUCGCCAUACGAUCCUUCGAUCCCACUAUAAACCACCCCGUUUCCAGCAUCCGCAAUCGACGGGAAGCCGUUGUAGUUUGAAUUUCCGUUGUUUGUAUUCAUCUCUAUCAAGCAAUCCUGUCCACCGAACUUCGGCAGCAGAGAAUUGAAGUUCUGUUACAACAAUUCUACCACCGCUACAGCUUCACUACUCGAACGCCGUCUUGCGGCACAAGACCUGCAGAAAGAUAAUGUCUUCCAACUUCGCUCUUUACAGCUUCUGCGAAGUUUCCGCACCCAUAUAAACAGUUCACUACAAUGUUCAAAGAGCAAAGAGAGAAACCAACAGAUCAACUUGUUCCAAGUACCUCUAUGAAGUUGCGACUAUCCCUAGUUGUAUGCACAAAAAACAAAGAACACUUCAUCAUUACGAUCAUUACAGUAUUAUUUAUUUUUCAUCCAUUGUACGGCUAUUAACAGUACCGGUACAAACUUGUCAGAGUUGACUAGCUAGAAGUGUCGUACGGUACUGUAGUGUACAACAAUAUGAUGAUACAGUAACUCAAUCAGUAGUACCGUACAGUACCUUACCGUACCGUACUACAUUAAGUCCGCUUUACGUAACCUACGGUACUGCUGUAGUCCCACUCUUUUAUUCAUCUCAAGUUGAAGGUUUUGAAAACGUUAAAAAUAAAAUAGAACUAGAAAAAUUGGAUCUAACGCUUUCGUGGUUGAAAUUUUAGUAUUCUUUUCGAUUUUCGACUUGCAUGAUUUCAUGGCACGAAGGCAACGUAGCGUAGCACGCAGCGGUAAGUUACUCGUAGUCGUAUGAUGGAUACGUAGGUAUGUUAUAACUGUGGUGGAGCUCACAUCGACCUGCACAUUUGAGUGUACUGGUACCCAAAACAUUCCUAAUUUCACUUUCUGCAUAGAUUACUAGAGCAGCAAUAACAAGAAUGGGUCCAACAGCAGUAGCAAUGUGGCGCUCAGCACAUCACUCAGGUCUGCUGGUGUGUGACGUGCCAAAGCUACUAGUACAAUAUCUCCAAACACACCACCACCAGCACUACAUCCAAGUCAUUGACUUGUUGUUGCAAGAAAAUUCUCAUAACAGUGGAAAUGAGCUGCUGUCUUCCAGCUAGUAGUUACCACUUUCUUGGAAACCCUUGAGCUCAGUGGUUACACCACUUGUUCUUAGUAGUACUAGUAGUGCCCCAGACCAUUGGUUUCUCAGCACACUUCUUACUACUACUACCAGUAGCAUUGUUGAAUCCAACAGAAGAUUGACUACUAUCUGUAAGCUCUUCAGCACCAGCAGGGCAAAAACAGAUUGAGAUGCUUUGACUAAUUUUGGGGGAGUGAUUAUCUAAUAGUGAUGUAAAUUGAGUGCUAGUAGAAGAAAAGUGAGUCCAUGCUCUUAGUAUUGAGGAUUGACGAACUAUGAAAUCUAAAAUUGAUCAGAAUGAAGAUCAAGUGAUGUGUAAAUCAAAUAAGUCAAGUCAGUCACGUGAGUGAAUCAGACAAGCCAAGUCAAUUUUGUGUAUCCAUAGGACGAUCAAAUGAGUCAUGAAUGUAGAGUGUGUACUACUAGUAUGAAUAUAUGUAUGUGCCGUAUCUAUGUGUCAAAGAUAUGGAUCAUACUCAUGAUCUGAUAUCCUACUACGGAGUGGACACCAGCACCCUCCUGUGAUCUGUGAUGUGUGAAUUGAACAGAUCAUAGCAGAAAAGACAAGGAAGGAGGAUAUCAGUUGGGUGGAGUAGGAGCAAAGUGCCCAAAGAGGUGGAGUACAUGGUGGCGAUUGUGAAGUACCCAGCCCAGAGGUUUUCUCAGUGCAUCUGCAGGAUUUGUUGUGCUGUUGAUGAACUGCAUCUUGAUAUAUAGGUCUUGUUUCCAACCUUGUAUUGCAAAGUAAGGUAUAUCAAUGUGCCGUGAUUGUUCUGUAGGAACUCCUCAGUUUACAAUUUCUAUGGUGGAAUUGUUAUGUUUGCACAACAUUGUUGGUUGUUGUUGAGGAAAUCCUAGGUCCUCAGCAAGAAUAGACCUGAGGAAUAAAACAAUGUUUGCAGCAGAAACAUCAGCGUACUAGAAUUCUGCUUUGGUUGAGUUUUGUGCAGUUUGCAUUUGGGUUUUUGAUUUGUACUAUACAAUGGAAGUGUUUGCUAACAUGAUUGCAAAUCCAGUGGUAGAUUUUUGUGAGGAGAGAGCACACCUAAAAAAUUACCAUGGUGGUGAUAGUGAUUUUUAUUGGAAGGGUGUCAUAACCUGUGGGAGUGACUACUAUUGAACAGUGAUCAUGUAAAUCAAGUGCUAGUAGAAGAAAAGUGAGUCCAUGCUCUUAUUGAGGAUUGCCAAACUAUGAAAUCUAAAAUUGAUCAGAGUGAAUUCUUGUACUAGUACUACUAGUAGUAGUACUACCCCGUCACCAGUACUACUACUACUACUACUACUACUACUACUACUACUACUAGUAGUACUACUACUACCCUACUACUUCUUCUUAGUAUUGUAAAUGAUCUCCUGCUCUUCUUCCUCCUCCUCCUCCUUUCCCCCCCCCCUUUCAGCACAUAGUACCAUAACAAGAAAGAAGAGAAUUUCUUUAAAGGAAAAUUUUACCUCUUGGGUAAGACUCUAUGAAAUUCUCACCCUACUACUACUAGAAAAACCCUUCAUCUUCCUCUUCAUUUUCUCGCAGUACCGGUACUACCUUCUACAGAACAUACAACAAGUACUAACACAGACUGCUUUUUCAGUGGCGAGAUUCGAGGGGCUGCCCUCUUUUUGGCGCUAAAUUAGUCUUAUGGAAUAACGACCGGUGGGCCCAAAUCGUGAGCGAUUCUGUUGUUCGAGAUGAAGCAGAGCCCGUACCGUACGGUACUCGUACUCGUACGUUCGUAACAGUAGAACCUGAACGCGUAUUCGUACUCUUCAAGGUGGACGUUUCUGCAUCAUGUGGCUGAACUCGUGUAGCAAAAUUGAGACUACCGGUACGGGCAAGUGCACGAGUACUACUACCUCUCGCUCGAAGACGUGAAGGAGCCGGGCAGAACAAUCGCAGCCGAAACUGUUACCAAGCAUACCGCCCCUCUUCCCAUUCCAUCCCCAAACUAGUGGUUUCUAAAUCGAGCUCGGCUGCUCGAAAGAUGCCUCCUAGCAUCCCACCGCACGGUGCCUCGGCCGAUGGCGCGACAACUCGGCUUCCGCUUCUCCGAGAGACGAACGGAACUCAGCAGUCCAAGAAGUUUGCCAGGCGCUCUUCUUCGAGACGUUCCUCCAAAUCAGUGGCGCACAGCUUGUCCUCCACGGUACCAGAAAGAAGAGGCUCGGCGGGUUCGAGCUCUACGCCUCAGCGCAGCAACAGAAAGAAGAAGCUUCUUCGCAGCAACGAAUCGAAUCCUCGAAGGACGGCACCGUCUCAUGCUUCUCGUCGGAACACCAUGACGAACGAGGCCAGGGCCGGUGCCGUUAGUUCCCAGAGCGAGUCUUUGCUAGAAACGGUCGAAGCGGGAGACGGAACGACGGCGACAACGCACAUGCCAUCGUCGGUGGACUCGAUGGGUCUGGCUCCCUACGGUGGCAUGGGGGGUGUUUCUCCCUACGGUCUUCACGGCGGGGCAUCGAUGAUGAUGCCUCCCUCGCCCUACAUGGGCCUUGGAAUGGGAAUGGGUGGCACGGGGCUGCCGUAUCUGUCGGGUCUGAACCAGAUCGUGUACAACGUUCAGAACAUAGUUUUCUCGAUCAGCCAGGCGAUAUACAUGGUUGGAGCGAACCAGCAGGCCCUGCAGCAGGCAUGGGAAUCGCUGAACCAAAUGAUCGACCACGCGAUCAAGACCUUUCACGAGAUGAGAGCCUUGGAAUGCAUCGAGCGCGAACACGAGACCGAAGAAGAAAAACAGAAACGCAAGCGCCUGAAAGCCCUCCGGUAUGCCUUUGUGUUUGGAGGCGGGUGGCUGGUAUACAAAACGAUACGGAAUCUGCUCUUCCGAAAGCGCAGGCUUCGGCUGCAGCGGCAUCCGACUCAGCAGCAAUAUAGUCCCGCUGGGAGCAAUCACUAUGCGAAUGCUUCCAUGGCAUCUCCGAAUACAACUGCCCUGUUGAGCUACUUGCCACAGCCGAGUGCGGGAUAUCCCGGGAAUUACUCCCACGGUGGUAAUGGGUAUUAUUAAUUGCCAAAAUUAAAACCAGGAUCUAUCAUUAUUUUGUUGCAAAUGCAUUGUUAGUAAUGAUAGCUUUAUUUUAUUUUCUUGUAGAAUUUAUGAAAUUUAAGGCAACUCGUGUACGCCAACGAAACAAGUGUCCUUUUGUUGUAAAUAGCAUUUGAUUUGAUAAACACAGCAGAUUGGUACAGAAUGUCAAACAAAGAGAGGAAUGCACUUAAGCUGGUGGUUUCUACGCCUGUCCAAGAGAGGUAGCCACAGCUAGAAUGAUUCUGUACUUCGCUUUCGUUUGUGCAAACAAGAAGUGGUUGUCAUCAGUUGUACCCGUCCUUCUGCUAUGAGUUUUUUCUUCCCUCCGGUCAAAGAAGAUCGUCAGUGGGGUCCACGACAUGAAUCGCCGACGACUGCAACUUUCCACGAGAUGCAGCUGAUGAUCUCGUAGUCAUGGUGGGAGUUGGAGUUGGGGCGAAGUCAACGAUACCAUCGUUCUUACUCACUGCCAGGAAGCAUCUGAGCAGAGUGAUAUUAAUGUCCUCCGUUGAACUGUCGCCGCAAUUAUCCAGGAGACUGCUUCCUGAACUAGGAAUCUGGUCAAUUUUAGCGUUAGUCUUCAACGCGUGUUCCGAAAGCAGCUUUUCGAAUUCAGGGGUAAACGUAAUGUGCCUGCUGACCUUGCCUUCGACAUCGCGAAAUCUGGCGAUGUUUUUCUCUGCAAUGACAGUUUUCGAUCGUGCCCAUUCUUCACCGCAGAAGAAUUCAGGAGCCUUUCGCUUCCUGUGAUUUCUCUUAACACUGGCGGCGGGGCCAGAUCCGAUAGAACGAUCGGACAGGCGAGAAGAGUUUUUCGAACUUGCGUCGGCAGAAUUUUUUUCUAUUUCGAUUGAAGCGUCCUUCGUUUCCUUCUCCUUUCUCUUUCGAGAGGCAACCGCAGCUUCUUUCUCUUCUUUGGCUUUCAAGGAAUCCGAUACAUCGUAAGAAUCGUUCAAUGCUUUAACCUGAUUCGCCAGCUUUUUGCUGUACGGAUGGUCCACAACUCUGUAAAAAAGCAUGUAAGCUUCGGACCUCAAAACUUCUUCGGUGGAUACCAAUGAAAUGCGAGAAUCGUCCAUCUUCCACCACUCAUUUUUCGAAAUAUUUCGGACGUAGCUUUGAGAAAAUGACAAAGCGAUGAAGCAUAAAAAUAUCGUAAGCCAAUGUUUGAGGUGCCGAUAUUAUCAUCGAGCCGAAAAUGAAACAGAUACGUAAACUUACGCCAAAUAAUGUCCACUGUGUGAAUUCUUUCCGACGUGGACAACCACAGCGAAUAGGCGACAAAGCAUAUUUCCAUGUUUCUUUUGCAAUUCUUCAGUCAGAUAGGGUUUCAGAUCCAUCACUGCUUUGAAUUCCGACGGACCUUCGAUUUUCGCCGAUCCACUCUUCCCGCCGCUGAACCAAUCAACUCCGCUGCCACUUGAAGUUACACCUCCGGAGGAUGCUAUGAGUUGACUCACUUCGGACGUGCGUUGGCUUCGGCGUGUGGGAAGAUAGCCACUGCCACCGUUUCCAAGGAGACCGGCUCCACCGCCAGCGUUGGCCAUGGAUGGAUCCGAGGAUCCAUAACGAAAUCGCUUGAGAUGAAGCGUGAGAAUCGGAGGGAUCGAAGCCAGGCGCAUUUGUUUCGUUGCUUUGCCGACCUUGCCACACUUCUCGCACUUGUAUCCGGCGUCUAGAUCCUCCGCACACGCAAACCGUUGAAGAGCGUGCGAAACAUCCGCCAAGGAGGAUGUAGGAACAGGACUGGGAGCAUUUCUUCUUCCAACCGCGUUGAGAGAUGUUCCUGCCAAAGGUGUAACUUCUAACCCAAGGUCUUCGAUGGGGUCGAGGGUAGAACUGGUUGUGUGGCAAUACCCACAGGUCACCUUUGACUCCACCUUUCCACUAAAAAGCUGAAAAGGAUACUCUGUAUCGGGUGAUUCCUCCUGUUUCUUGACCAGAGAAUUUGCACUUUCUGAUUCUGCUUCGGAAGGAAGAGAUUCUGUAGGAGUAUCUUGUGGAUUCCCCUGGUCUAUUGUGGUGACCUUGCGCCUUCUGGCUUGCUUGCAUGAUUUUUGCAUCGCUUCGAUCAAGAGACGAAGAAACUCGUGCGAGUCUUCUUGCUGGCCGACACGGAAACUCGCGGGGGCCACAUGGUCGAUAAAACCAUGGACAAAGUUCGUGGGAGAUACGGCCUUGCUGUUCGAAGUCAUGUUGCUCCCGUGAGUGUUUCGGUGAACACGGUCCAUGUGGUGUUCCGUUUCGCAAAGGGCGCAAAACUUGGUUACGUUGGGAUCAUCAACGCUCUUGUCUUCGCUAUUUUCAUUGCUGGUCGGGCUAUUGGUACGAGCCGAGCGUCUCGUUGACUUUCUGGUUCCCGCACCCCCAGUCGAAGAAUAAGUGUACACACUUUUC